GGAAAUCUUCAGCUCUCUUUUUAACAUUGCACAGUUUAUCAAUCAUAUGUUAAACGGUACUAAUAGUGUGAUACCAAAUUACAAAUACGUGCGUACCUAAUAAUAUUCUGGAAUGAAAUUUUCUGUUAUUCAAAGUUUUUUGAAAGGAUAAUUAAUAAAAAAUGGACUUCGUGAUCGGCGGGCUGGCCGGCGCGGGCGCAACGAUAUUCACGAACCCUAUGGACGUUGUAAAGACCCGCUUGCAGUUGCAAGGCGAGUUGCGAUCUAGGAAGGAGCAGGCGACACGUUACAGAGGCAUAUUUCACGCGUGUUACGUUAUAGCUAAAGCAGAUGGCGUGCUGGCUCUGCAAAAAGGUCUCACGCCGGCCAUGUUACUUGGUUUUUGCAUGAAUUCCGUUAGGUUAGGCUCAUAUCACAUAGCCGAAGUUAAGGGUUGGACAAGGACAGAUGGCGCCACUAGUAUACAAAAAGCCGUAUUUUGGUCAAGCGCGAGCGGGUUACUGAGCGGUGUGGCCGCUAACCCCAUGUCUGUGGUCAAAACUAGGAUGCAGUCCGCGGCACAUCCUAGUGUAGCUGUUGGAAGGCAAUAUCGAUAUAAAGGAACGCUAGAUGCCUUCGCAAAGAUAUACAGAACGGAAGGCAUGAAAGGUUACUUCGCCGGAGUCAACGCGACAUGCAUGCGUUUGGCCGUCGGUAGUGCAGCUCAAUUGACAACCUUCUCAGCCCUGAAAGAUCAGCUGCUUGAGAGAGGAUUGUUUCAAAAUGCGCCGAUAACACUUGCAUUCGUCGCGAGUUUGGCAUGUGGCGUCUUGUGUGCGUUAUUGGAAACCCCGCUGGAUGUAGUCAGUACUCGUAUCUUUAACCAGGGGUCCGGGUUAAAAAAUGAAAAACUGUACACGGGAGUAUUUGAUUGCAUCAAAAAAAUAUUGAAAACAGAGGGUGCUUACGGCCUUUACAAGGGUAUCGGCCCACUGUACUUGCGGAUAGCUCCCCACACGACACUAUCCCUAGUUAUAUGGGACAUGUUAAAUAUUGUUUUCGAGAAUAAAAACAGAUAAUGGUUUA